AUGUUUAAUGUAAAGUACGUCAAGCCUAAGAAAGAGCCGAAUAUCAGCUGGCUGGUAAGAAACGGAAAUCUUUCUCUUUUGCAAAACCGGAACCAAGGCGCCGACGGACGUGAACCGUGCAAUGCCGAAUACAGGAAAGAUCGAGAAAGCCUCGUUGACGAUCUAGUUGCGCUAUUAGCAAGUCUUCCAGCCGAAAUUCCUUCCGAAUCGUCAUCAGUGGAAAUUCCGUCGGAACUGUCAGCAGUCGCAUCUCCGUCAACGUCGAAAAAAAAAGAUGACGACGACGACGAGAACAAUGUUGGCGAUGGGUCAUCUCGGUCCGAGGCGAGCGAGAGUGGAGUGGAAUAUGCAGCCGACGACAAAUAUGAAGAUGCGGUGGACGAUAACAACGGGACUGUUUUGCAGGAGGAGAACAACUCACAGCCGAUGCUGCCGCUCGGUGGUGAAUCUGCCGGAACGGUUCAGCGGCCGAAAACGGCCGACGACGACGGCAACGGCAUAGGUGAACGUGGCGAUGCAGACGACGGCAAAGAUGAAGAUGCGGUGGACGAUAACAACAGGAUUGUUUUGCAGGAGGAGAACAACACACAGCCGAUGCUGCUGCUCGGUGGUGAAUCUGCCGGAACGGUUCAGCGGCCGAAAACGGCCGACGGCGACGGCAUAGGUGAACGUGGCUGUAGCUAUCUUGAAGAGCUCUUGUAGAACUCCUGGGAAAAAAUGUUACUUGGGGAAAUACGUAUCUGUCAAGAUAUUAAAAGGAACAACUCGUCUCUUUGUAUUCACAGUAAUGCAUUCUGCUUAAACGCUCAACCAAACCACAAUUGCAGGAGUAGGUAAAUUUCCAGUUGAUGCUCCUAGUUUUUAUUCGCUUUAAUUUUGCUCACAGCCGAUGCUGCUGCUCGGUGGUGAAUCCGCCGGAUCGGUUCAGCGGCCGACGACGACGACUACAAUGUUGGCGAUGAGUCAUCUCGGUCCGAGGCGAGCGAGAGUGGAGUGGAAGAUAAAGACGACGACGAUGGUGAUGCGUCGGUCGAUAGCGACUGGAUUGAUUUGCAGGAGGAUGCGAAAGCGGCAGGCACAAGCUUCAGUUUCAACAUUAAAAAAGAAAAGACUGUUCAAUGUGAAGUUUGUUACAUAGUUUUUGAAAAUAACAAUUAGCUGUACAUAGGACGAAAUGUUGAUAAAUUCGAUUCUAUUGCAACUUUGAAAACUGCGAUCGAUCAUUUUCCAAUAGAUCCAAUCGUUUUUUUUUUUGUAUUAUGUAAAAUUUAACGAAAACAAAAAUUUAGGCGAACAAAAAAAUAUUGUUUUUUAAACAUUUGUACCCGCCUAAAAAUUGUAAAGUAAAAAUAGAAACUCAAAUAUAAAAUAAUUCGGUAAUUCGGUAAUUUCGGAAUACACUUUUCCGGCAGCAGCUGAAGAUUCAUGCAGUCCCACGUCGCAUGUUCGGGUGUAGACCUACGGAAGACCUUGCCGCGAGGAUAGGUGAGUAAGACUAUACGAGCCACCUACGGCAUAAUUCCUCGGGCUCCCCAGGUCAACCAUAAGCUACCCCAGGUUCCCCGUGCAGGACACAUUGGGGGUAGAAAGCGGAUAGAAUAAGCAAAAGAUCAAAGCAGGCCACGAAGCAUACUUUUAAAGUGGUUUGUAUCUGCAAAGGAAUUUGUAUUAACAAAAGGAUCAAACAUAAAAAGGUGAUACUAAUUAAUACUUCCCUGCGACCUUGGAGGUCUCUCGGUUGGACAUCUAGCCGUGAACACCAAGCUAGAAACUCAAAUAUAAAAUAAUUAUCGCAAAAUUAAAAAAAAAAAUCUAUAAUUCAAUCUCAGCAUAAAUAAAAAUAACUUAAGCUCAAUACAAACAAUUUAAUUUGUAAACAACAAAAGGUCUAAACUUUAAUUGAAAAUUAAAUGAAAACAACCAAGAGUGGCACGCUACCAACAUAAAUAAAAUAAUUAGUUUUGCUAAAACAGUAAAGCAUCAUAUUUUUUCGGAUUGGUUUGUAGACAAAGAAAUACAUUGCCAUUUAAAUUAUCUACAAGUUUUAUUUUUUAUUCUCUUCACUUGCUGAGUUUUCGUUUAAAUUAUAUAUUUAAAAAACAAAAGAAUGAAAAAAAGAUCUUUCGAUAAUACAAUUUCGAACAUGUGUGUCUCUGUGUGUGUAUUUUUACUUCAUUUUGUGUUGUUGUGUUUUCUGCCUUACACGCUAAAUUAAAUUACAAAUUCAUCUGGAUUUCAGUUUUCUUUAUUUUUCUUCGCGUAUUUUUUGUUUUUGUUUUUUUUUGUAUUUCUCUUUUUUCAUAUAAAUAAUUUAUCUAAAAAACACUUUAAAUAAAGUCUCUGCCUUUUUUUAUCUCUUGUUUUCAUUUUGCUCCACACAUUAUUUUUUCGAAACGUUGUAUUUUUUCCUCUCUCUCGCACAAACAUUCACAAUUUCUAGUCUUUCUUUUCAAUUGCGUGUUUCUGAGUGUGGGUGCGCGCGGCGACGCGUUGUUGGCGGAACGUAAGAACAUACAUACAUUCUAUAUUUACAGGGGGAAAUUUACACGACUGCUCCGCCAAACCCCUACUCGCACACGCCCACACACACUUUACGACCUUAAAUAUUGACCAACUUGCUUCCAGAGACCGGUUAGAAGCUGGCUUCUCUUUUAAAUGUGAUUCCCGUAUCCGUUUAUUUUUACCUUUUUUUGUUUGUUUUAAACUGAAUGCAUCACACUACGGUUUUACGGGGGGUUUGCUUACGGACUAACGCUUACACUUAAAACGGGUUUUACAUUGUUUUAUGCUUAUGUUUUUUGCUUUGCGAAUUUAUUUUACACACCCCAUUUAAUACACCGAAUCUCUCGCAUUCCGUUCUUCUCUCAAUGCAUUGUUCAAUAAAUUAAAUAUUUUCUCAAUUUCAGUUGAUUAUUUUGACGUUCCUCUCUCUCUCUUUUCACAGUAAUUAAAUAUUGUUUUUUCGAUUA